UACCGGCAGUCUUACAGCUAUAAUACUACAAGUACUCUAUUGGUUUCUUAUUAUUUAUCUAAAAAUCGAAUAAAACUAUGCAUUUCAAGAGCGCCCUUAUUGUCUGCGUGGUGUAUUUCUUGACGUCAGCACGGAGCGGCGGACUAAACAGUGAUCAAUUGAAAGAGUUGGAUAAACUCUUUGCAAUUCAAAAAGAAGUUACCGGCGGAAUCAGCGAGAAGGAAAUUGCACAAAUCGUGGAAAAAACCUCUGGAAUGGAAUGGAAAAAUCUUGGAAUUAUGUUUAAAUACAAUUCAAAUAAGCGCGAUUUUACGAAUUUCCAAGAUUUAUUAGAGAAGUUGGCGGAUAUUGACAAAACCUCCGACACAACCGAGGUUGAAACACUUAAGUCAUUUGAAGUAAAUUUUCUCCUGGACAAGUUUAUGGAACUCUACGAAUUUAAUAAGCAACCGGGAUAUCUUACUGUUCAACAGCUAUUAAAAGUAUUUGACUAUUGGAGAAAACAAAAUAAUUUUUUGAAGGAACUAUUUAAAGAACUUGAAUACAAAAAAGGCGUCGGCUGUGAAAUUAACGCUGUGGAAUUCUUGUUGAUUUGGUUGGAAAUCAAAACAGAAGUUUGCGCUAACAAUGAUUGUUUAGUAUCUUUUGGUGAGGUUGCUGACGGCGAGGAUGACUUAAACUCUACUUCGACAUCAAUGGAAAAGUCGGAAGAAGCAGAAUAUUUGUUUAAUAAGUCUUAUGAUGAAGGUUAUUUAAACAGUGGUGUUCAAACAAUGAACUUUUCGGAUUUCAUGGAAAAGGUAUUCGAACAUUUUGAAAACCGUUGUAUGACUUGAAAUCUUAAAUAAUAAUAAUUGGAAAAAGUUCAAUAACCAAAAUUAUAUAAAUAAUUUUUGAAAUAUUUUUAUGUAAUUAUGAGUUGAAGU